UCUGAGAAUUUCAACUCUGACUCAUUACCUCAAGCUGCCAACCAGAGAACUGGGUAAGAGACAAAGCUAAAGCCUCCUAGACUCUGACAGCAUGUGCAGCUCGUCUUAACCGCUAUUUGUCUCCGUUUUAGAAGAAGCGACAGCCUGCGAGGGAGCAGUUGGCAUCAGAGCUAACUGAGAAGCUAACGGUCAGAGAAGUUUCCUGUUAGAGGAAAAGGGAAAAAGUGACUUCUCAUUGAGAACACUGGACACUUAUUGGACUCUGGGCUGUUUGGAGGCUUUUCCCCGAGGAACAAAAGCGAGUCUGACGAGAGAUAUUUCACUCAGCAAUAGUAGCCUCUGCUUACCCGUGAAGACUCAGCAGCGCCAUCCACGACCUCUGGCUUCUGCUCUCCCUGACUUCGACAUUUCACAGCAUCUUGUUCUCUUGGAAGGUUCUUGCUGAUCAAUCUGCCAGUGGCCAAGAGAGGAACUUCAUUAUUAACCUGAAGGAACCAAACACCAAAGACAUGAAAGAGGAAGAACCAGAACCUCAAGGAAUUAAAGAAGAACAGCUUGGACUCUGUAUCUUUCCAGAUGAAAAGCAACUUGUUAAGCAGGAGACAGAAACCUUUGUAGGGUUUUCUGCUUGUGACAAACUAUUUCAAGUUGAACCUGAACAGCAACAGAUGAACGUGACAAAGGAGGAACCAGAACCUGUAGAGAUUAAAGAGGAACAUGGGGAUCUCUGGAGUAAUGAGGAUGAGGAGCAGCUUGUAGUGAAGCAGGAGGCUGGCACCUUUAAGGUGACUCCUCUGGAUUUAAAAUAUGACACAAAUGAACCAGAAGAGAAAAUAAAGCAACUUGUCAAUGCAGACUCCCAUGAAGGUGAGAAGCAACAUCAGCAGGAUAAUAAUCACGAAGAGUCAGGAUCAAACACAGAUGAAGAGCUAAAGCGUAAAAAGAGAAGAGAGAAAACCAAAGAUCACAGUGAUGGUUCAAAACUAAAAAGACAUAAGACCAAUAAACCUUGUGAAUCAUGUGGUAAAUGUUUCACCAAGUGUAGAUGUUUGACUAAUCAAGUUGGAGAGAAUACAGGCCAGAAAUCUUUACCAUGUAUGGUUUGCGGAAAAAGGUUUCCCCAGUCAAAGUCUUUUAAAUAUCCACAUGAGAGCCCACACAGGGGAGAAGCCUUUCUCUUGUCCAACUUGUGCAAAAAAGUUUUCUCUUAAAGGUCACCUGAGUAAACACAUAAGAACUCAUACGGAUGAGAAGCCUUAUUCCUGUUCAACUUGUGCAAAAGGGUUUUCCCGUAAAGAUAACCUGAAUAUGCACUUACGAACUCACACAGGUGAGAAGCCUUUCUCCUGUCCAACAUGUGCAAAAGAGUUUUCCCAGAAAAGUAAUUUGAGUAAGCACAUAAGAACUCAUACAGGUGAGAAGCCGUACACUUGUGAAAUGUGUGAUAAAUCUUUCAGCGAUGGUAGUAGUUUGACUUGUCACAUGAGAACGCACACAGGUGAGAAGCCUUUUUCCUGUCCAACUUGUGCAAAAGGGUUUUCCCAGAUAGGUCACCUGAGUAUGCAUAUUAAAACUCAUACAGACGAGAACGUCUUCUCAUGUGUGAACUGUGAGAAACUGUUCCGCCACCACAGUAAUUUGAUGCGUCAUAUGAAAACGCACAUGGAUGAGAAACCACAUUGCUGUAAAGUCUGUGGUAAAGCUUUCCGCAAAAGAAGAAAUUUAAAUGUUCACAUUAGAACACACACAGGUGAGAAGCCUUACUCUUGUAAAGUCUGUGAAAAGUCUUUCAUUAAAGGUAGUAACUUGGCCGCUCAUAUCAGAACUCACACGGGCGAGAAGCCACAUUUAUGUAAAGUCUGUGGCAAAUCUUUCCGUAAAAGAAAUUAUUUACCUGUUCACAUGAGAACUCACACAGGUGAAAAGCCAUAUCAUUGUAAAGUGUGCGAUAAAUCUUUUACUUAUUGUAGUAAUAUGAAUAAACAUAUGAAAACUCAUAGGUGAGAAGCUGCAUGCUUCUAAAGCGUGUGCUAAGUCUUUCAGGAACAGUUGUCAUCUGGCUGAUCACAUGCUAACCUACAGGUGAGAAGCCUUUCCUGUGUCUGAUGUGUAGAAAAUGUUUCUUCAAGCAAAGCAAUCCAAGUGUCCACAUGAGAAUCCAUGGUGAUGAGAGGCCUCACUCUUCAGAUACAUAUUAAAAUCGACUGUUGUAAAUUAGCUAAACACAACAUACAGGUCAGUUUGGGGAGUGGUGGCCUAGUGGUUAGAGCACAGAGCUUCAGUCCCAGAGGUUCUGAGUUCAACUCCCAUAAGCUGCC